ACAUUUUAACAUUAUUUUAUAUUACCAAAUUUUAAAUUCACAGUAAUUGAAGAGUGCUAGUUCUUUAUUUUUAACAUUUAUAAUAGAGUUUUAAUUUGACGGUUAUCACUAGAAGUCCUUUUGUGUCUUUCUUCUUUUAGUAUAUAAUAAAUAAACACAUUUAUUUAUGAGUUGGCGGUUAAGUUUGGAAUUCCAGUUAUACCUAUAUAUUUUGUAUACAUAAGGGAAAGUGGAACAAUGGAUGAAUCAGCCUUUAAGCCGGCUGUCUUUUCAACUGUCAGCAAAAAAAAGAUACCCAGAAAAUUAGUAGAAAGUAAUAUGUUCGAGGAAGGAAAUUCAAUGUUUUCAGUAAAUAGUACCCAACUAUCCGAAAAAAGUCUUCCAGAGGUGAACCACCAGUUAGAAGAACAAAGAAGUUUAGCAAGGAAGUCUCUUCAAAGAGCAAACAAAGUCGCAGCUAUACCUUCCAAAUAUUUUCGUGCUAACUUCAGUAAAUCAGAAAUGACGACUAAUGUUUUUAGUGAAAGUACUGUUAGUGAGAGUGAUUUACUUCAAACACCAAGGAACGCUUCUACGCCCAGAAAUUCCAUAGCAGAUAAUUUUGAACGGCUUUCUCUUAAGGUAACCGAUUCCAACUUUAGCAUAGAUAAUGUUGUUGAUGAUUUUAUGAAGUUGGUGAAAAAUAAUGAUGGACAAAGAAGUAGUAUAUUCAGACCAGCAGAGGAAGCAGCCAGCAUGUUGUUAGCUGAUGAGUUGUCAUGGCGUAGAAAAAAUGAGGUACCUUUUCAAGAUGAAGAAUUUUCUGAAAGAGGGUCAGUAGGGGAAUUUUUCCGUAAAAAAAGUGAGACGUUAUCAAACUUCUUACCAUGUGCUAGUCCCGAUACAACCAGAGAACCAGUUCCGUUAAUUGAAUCUUCUGAAGAUAGCAUUGUAGAACAUGACUCAUGUGAUAUGAAUAAAAAGAGUUUGAGUAUUUCUAUGAUACAGAAAAUGUUAACAGAUUCAAAUCUAACUCCUAAAAGAGCCUGUGAUAAUAUUUUAAAGUUAGGCGAGAAGGUAAGCUUUGUCCCAAUUGCAAAUAAAUCAUAUUCUUUGCCUGGUAGUAAAAAUUCAUCAUAUACAAGUGACCAUUCUGAAAAUGAUGCUAUAAAGCACAUCCAUAACAAAGAAAAUGUAGAUUCUCUUAAUGUAAAAACUCCCCCAACACAAUUAUUAAUUUCACCAUCCAGAUCAUCUUCUAGAGCUUCAGGAACUUCUUCACGGGCUUCAAGCUCUUUAUCCUCAUUGCAUAAUGGAAAAUUACCUAUUGAAACUACUAAAUGUGAGUUAGUUUGGGGUUGUGUUAAAGUAGGAAAGUCGGUUACUCAGGAAUUUGUGAUAAGAAACAGAUCUUCGAAAAGGUUGGGUGUCCAAUUAUCUUUAGCUAGCCAAGAAUUUAAAAUUCGAAAAGAUAAUAGAAGUGAUAGUGAGCCUUGCAGUAUACUUAAACUUUUGCUUCAUCCUCAUGAGUCUAGGGCCAUUAUAAUAUCAUUUCUUCCAACAAAGAAAGGAGCUGCUGUAGAUGAAUUGCUUUUCACUUCUUUGGAUCCACAUUUAACACAGAGCAAAAAGCAGUGCAUCCGUCUAUUUGGUUAUGGAGGUUCCUUUAAAACAGACUUUUCUAAUGUAACUAGAGAUACUACAGGCAAAUUUUGGUUGUCCCUUGGUAAACUGGAUGAUCGAGCUGUGAUAUCAUCAACUUUUAAAGUUAAAAAUAAAGGAGAUACACCAACUUUUAUUUAUAUUUCAAUUCAGUCUUUAGAUUCUUGUAAACUUAGUGUUGCACCAAAUUUCUUUGUGCUGAUGCCCCAGACAAACAAGGAAAUAGCUGUGCGUUAUAGACCGUCAAAUGAAGAUUAUAACUUCUUACAUAAAUCUGUUCAUAAUCAGUUGGUAGUAGAUUUAGGAGUCCUAAAUGUUACAGUUGGAACUGAAGUGGACAGAGGAAGAAUAAGGAAAGUUUAUGAAAAAUGUGUUGAAACUGGUUUUCAAAUAGAUCCAUUGACCAAUAUUAUUAAAGAAAAAGUUGAUCGUGAAGUAAUGCCUGCAGACCUAAUAAAAUUUGGAGAAUCUCCUGCUUAUUUGAAGGAACUUUUAAAGUUACUAAAUCGUUAUCAAAUUGUUUUAACUUUAGAGAGAGAUCCAGAACAGACGAUUUUUCAACAUUUUUCAGAUGAUUCAGGCUUAUAUCAAUCCCUUUAUCAAGAUAAUACUGUAGUAUGUAAUAAAACUGGUGGAUUAAACUUGUGCCAUGUUGCUCCAGCUAUUAUUUUAUUAACACUUCCAUACAAAUACAAAGAUAGUAUAUUUAUAAAGUCUAUCUACGAUCAGAAAUUGAAUUUUAAAGUAAGUGCUCAAGACGAAUUGGAAGUGAAACCUAAAGAUGGAACUAUCGAACCUCACAGUACCACUAUUUUAUCUGUAAAAUACCAACCAAUAUCACCAAUAGAGAAAAAAAGUUUGCAAAUUUUGAUUGAAAUUGAAAAUGAAGUGUUUGAAGUUGUUGUUAAGGUGGACUGUUUAGGGCAAGUCAAGCAAAAAAAUAAAUCCAUUCUUAAAUGUGUCUAGACUGAAGAGUACUUUAAAGUGUUUUAUUGGUUCCUAAUAUAUAUUUUAAUUCAUAACGAAUACUUCUAAAAGUGAUUUUGUAAAUAUAAACACUAAAACAUGAAUAUUUUGCCACUGUAAAAUGCUAAGCUCAUUUUCUAAACAGGUUUGUUAACAGGAUAGUUUAGAUGACACUUUUAUAAUUAUUUAGUUUUGUCAUUCUGAUUUUUUGUAUGUAUAUUUUUUUUUCUAUCUAAGAUAAUUUUGUUAAAUUUUAUAUUCCAAAUUAGUAAGAUUGUUAGAAAACUGUAUGUUUUUGUUGUUGUUUACAGCUCUUAUAUUGUUUGUAUGUCUUUUCUGUUUGAUACGAAAAAAGAAUAAUUCUUUAUCUUAUACUUGGUAGUCUUCCUGCUUUUUGUUGGACAUACCCCAUUACCUCACAUCUAUUAUUGUCCUAUAUCUUUAUUUUUUUAUAUCUUAAACUUAAGUAGGUACUUAAUAGAAUAAUAUCAAGUUUUGUUAGAUUUUUUAAGGCAUUUUGGCAAAAAAUAUUAAAACUAAUUUUGUCUAAUUGUAGAUAAUAUUGUUAUACUUUACCAUGAUUUUAAAUAUAUUCUAAAGUAAAUUAGUCAAACAUGUAUAUAUAAAAUGUAAACAUUCCAUUGUGUAAAAAAUACUUUCAAUAUUUUAUUUUUUUAAGAGUAGAUUUUUAUAUUUUUAUAACUACAUU